UGAAUCUUUUGAUGAGUGAACAGUGGUUUCACAAACUCCGGAUAGACAUUGGAAUAUCACCGUAAAUUGGCAUGUUUUGUAUUGAUUUUUGUACAUAAACGGACUAUAAAUAUCUGAAGAUGUCUCCUACAAGUUCUGAAGGGACAAUCGCAAAGGGAAGUGGAGAUGUCAUGGAGGUGCUUAAAGCGACCAUGAAGGAGAGAAUCAUGAUCUUCGAUGGUGGGAUGGGGACCAUGAUCCAAAAUGAACGUUUAGAUGAGCUGGCAUUCCGAGGUCAAGAAUUCCAUGACCAUGAAAAAUCUCUCAAAGGAAAUAAUGAUCUACUUAGCAUUACAAUGCCUGAGACUAUAUAUAGAAUUCACAAGGAUUAUCUGCUUGCUGGUGCGGAUUUUGUAGAAACCAAUACAUUUAGCGGGACCAGUAUUGCUCAGGCUGACUAUGCACUCCAACAUAUGGUGUACAGACUUAAUUUUGAGUCAGCACAGUUAGCACGUCGGGCUUGCGAUGAUGUCACACUUCAAACAGGUGUGCGCCGCUACGUGGCGGGAGCAAUGGGACCAACCAAUAGAACCCUUUCUAUAUCUCCCUCGGUAGAAAAACCAGAUUUCAGAAAUGUCACAUUUGAUGAACUAGUUGAUGCCUAUACUGAACAGGCUCGUGCUUUGUUAGAUGGGGGCAGUGAUGUUCUCCUUGUAGAAACAAUAUUUGAUACUGCCAAUUCUAAGGCUGCUUUGUAUGCAAUCCAACUGCUCUUCGAACAACAAUAUGCUCCUGUGCCCGUGUUUGUAUCAGGCACCAUAGUUGACAAAAGUGGACGUACCCUAUCAGGACAGACUGGUGAAGCCUUUGUGAUCAGUGUCUCCCAUGCUAACCCAAUGUGUUUGGGGCUGAACUGUGCUCUUGGUGCAAAGGAAAUGCGGCCAUUUAUUGAAACUAUUGGCAAGAACACUGAGGCAUUUGUUAUAUGUUACCCUAACGCUGGUCUACCAAACACAUUUGGAGAUUACGAUGAAUCUCCUGCUGAUAUGGCUCUACAGCUUAAGACAUUUGCCAAAGAUGGUCUAUUGAACAUUGUCGGAGGAUGUUGCGGAACCACUCCAGAACAUAUACAAGCCAUCGCUGAGGCCGUCAAGCCAUUCAAGCCUAGAGUGCCACCUACUGGACUUUACAAAGACUAUUUACAACUCUCAGGGCUUGAGCCAAGCAGAAUUGGGCGACAUACAAACUUUGUUAACAUCGGGGAGAGGUGUAAUGUAGCAGGAUCAAGAAAGUUUUGUAAAUUGAUCAAAAAUAAUGAUUAUGAGGAGGCGCUAACUAUCGCCAAGAUGCAAGUUGAGAAUGGGGCCCAGAUCUUGGAUAUAAAUAUGGACGAAGGAAUGUUGGAUGGAAAAGCUGCCAUGUCAAAGUUCUGUAAUCUGAUUUCUUCAGAGCCAGAUAUAUCUAAAGUUCCCCUUUGUAUUGACUCCUCCAACUUCGCAGUGGUCGAAGCAGGACUGAAAUGUGCCCAGGGUAAAUGUGUUGUGAACAGUAUAAGCCUUAAGGAGGGCGAAGAGGAUUUCAUUAAGAAGGCUCGCACUGUGAAACGCUAUGGAGCUGCAGUGGUCGUAAUGGCAUUUGAUGAGCAAGGACAGGCUGCUGAUGCUGCUAGGAAGAUAGAAAUCUGCACUCGUUCCUACAGAAUCCUCGUGGAUAAGGUUGGGUUCAACCCCAAUGACAUCAUAUUUGACCCAAAUAUCCUCACCAUAGCAACAGGGAUGGCUGAGCAUGACACAUAUGGUAUCGACUUUAUUGAGGCGACAAGAACAAUUAAGGAGACAUUACCAGGGUGUCGAAUCAGUGGAGGAGUGUCAAAUUUAUCAUUUUCUUUCCGUGGAAUGGAACGCAUUAGAGAAGCUAUGCACAGUGUCUUUCUCUAUCAUGCCAUCAAGGCUGGUAUGGACAUGGGGAUAGUGAAUGCUGGCUGUCUCCCUAUAUAUGAAGAUAUAGAUAAGAAACUUCUGGAACUUUGUGAGAAUCUUCUCUGGAACAGAGAUAUAGAUGGCACUGAGAAAAUGUUGGCCUAUGCACAGAGUCUUGGAAAGGAAACUGGGAAAGAGGCUGCUGUGGAUGAAUGGAGACAGAUGAAUGUUCAAGAGAGGUUGAAGCACUCCCUCGUCAAGGGUAUAGACAAGUUCAUUAUAGAGGAUACUGAAGAAGCAAGACAAGACAGUUCAAAGUAUCCUAGACCUCUCAAUGUCAUUGAAGGACCUUUGAUGGAUGGAAUGAGUGUAGUUGGGGAUCUGUUUGGAGCUGGAAAGAUGUUCUUACCACAAGUCAUAAAGUCCGCUCGUGUCAUGAAAAAAGCUGUCGGCCAUUUGAUACCUUUUAUGGAAAAAGAAAAGGAAGAGGCGAUGAAGGCCAGUGGUGUUACUGAGAAUCGGGGAAGGCAGUACAAUGGUACUAUUGUACUUGCUACAGUGAAAGGAGAUGUCCAUGAUAUAGGCAAGAACAUAGUGGGGGUUGUGCUAGGCUGUAACAACUACAAAGUCAUAGACUUAGGAGUAAUGACUCCAUGUGAUAGGAUUCUAGAGACUGCAAUACAAGAAGAUGCAGAUUUCAUUGGCUUAUCAGGACUGAUUACGCCAUCUUUAGAUGAGAUGAUCUACGUUGCCAAGGAAAUGGAACGUAUAGGCAUGAAAACACCAUUAUUGAUAGGUGGCGCCACUACAUCAAAACAACACACAGCAGUUAAGAUUGCUCCAAAAUACUCUAUUCCAACAGUUCAUGUCCUGGAUGCAUCUAAAAGUGUGGUUGUGUGUUCCUCCCUGAAGGAUGACAACCUGCGUGAGGAGUUCAUUGAAGAUGUAGCAGAGGAAUAUGAUUAUAUACGUGAAGAGCAUUACGAUUCUCUGAAAGAUCGCAAAUUCCUCUCUCUGAAACAGGCACGUGACAAAAUGCUGGAAAUAGACUGGACUUCUUAUAAACCAGUGCGCCCUACAUUCCUUGGAGUUCGCAGAUUUGACACAUAUGACCUCAAGGACCUUGUACCGUAUAUUGACUGGAAGCCUUUCUUUGAUGUAUGGCAAUUACGUGGGAAAUAUCCAAAUCGAGGCUAUCCUAAAAUAUUCAAUGAUGCAAAUGUUGGUGAAGAAGCGAAAAAGGUGAUGGCAGAUGCCCAGGCCAUGCUUCAGAGCAUCAUAGACAAUGGACUCCUCCAGGCUAGAGGGGUGGUAGGCUUCUACAAGGCUAACAGCGUAGAAGAUGAUAUCUAUGUUUAUGAUGAGACAGGGCAACAUUCACAUACACUUUAUGGUCUCAGACAGCAGGCUGAGAAGGACUCCAGUUGUGAUGACCCCUACACCUGUUUAUCUGACUUCAUUGCACCAAAAGAUACAGGAAUGACUGACUACAUUGGAAUGUUUGCAGUUAGUGCUGGCUUUGGGGUUAAUGAUAUGUGUAAAAAGUUUGAAGAGCAGCUUGAUGAUUACAAUAUUAUAAUGGUGAAAGCAUUAGCAGAUAGACUUGCAGAGGCAUUUGCUGAACAGCUGCAUGAAGAGGUGAGGAAACAUAUCUGGAGCUACUGCAAAGAUGAACAUUUAAAUGCCCAAGAAUUGCAUAAGAUAAAAUACCAGGGCAUCCGCCCCGCUCCUGGGUAUCCAAGCCAACCGGAUCACACAGAAAAGCAAACCAUGUGGCAGUUACUUGAUGCGGAUGCUGUCGGGAUCAAACUUACUGAAUCUCUUGCUAUGGACCCGGCAGCCAGUGUGUCGGGCCUUUACUUUGCUAACCCCAAUUCAACAUACUUCGCAGUCGGCAAGUGUGGGAAAGAUCAGAUCUACGAUUACGCUGGGCGAAAGAACCAGGAUGUAAAGGACAUUGAGCGCUGGUUGGGACCUAACCUUGCAUACGAUCCCGACGAGUAACGAGAAAACAUGCAUAAUACAAAUAUUUUGCUUCAAAAUAUUUUACCUCAUCUUAUUGACUUGACACUAUUUAUCAGAACAAUAAUGCAGAUUGCAAGUAAAACUAUUUAUACUCAAAACUUUGAGUUAGGAAUUUAUUUAAAAAUUUAUCCAUUUUAUGAUGAAAUUAAUAUUUAUUUUCUCUUUUGGAUUCAUAGCGCUGCUAUACUCGUAUAUUUAUUAUUCUUUGUUUAAUUCUAAUCGUUUUAUCCAUUUGUGGAAACAAAAUAUUUUUUAAGAGAUUUUUUGAGAAUUUUGUGAAAGACGUUUUUUGAGCAUAUAUAGUAUCAAUACCGAAAAUGUUUAUUUGAUGCUGCAUUACAAAACAGCUGAACAGAUUAUUCCUGCUAAUGGAAAAUGUGUAUGAAUGGAUGACACUUUUACAAGUGUAUUCCCAAUAACAACAUACCCCAUUAACAUCUGUAUUAUAAUACAAAAACAUGCACUUUAGGCCUUAAUGGAAAUUAAAUCCUGAUGUGGUCGUCAGCAUGUAAUUCCAUGACUUGAAUUGAAUGACCAUAUAUGACAAUGUUAAGAAAAUACUUAUUAAGUUUAUGUUAUAUGUUAUGCAGUAUUAUUAUAUCAGAAGGGAUGAAUAUGUGCAUAUUAUGAUGAUAACACACCUAUACAGGGUAACCCACAUUUUGUAGCGUUCAGCCCCAUGAA